AUGAAUAAAUCCAGGUUGGGUGGCAGACAAGGUUGGUGGUGUGGUGCUGUCAACUUAGACAGAGUAUAUAACAUGCUCAGUAACUCGAUACUUCCAUCAAGGCUUUUGGCUUCAGCUCAUCCAUUUUCAACUUCAUGUCGACAUCGAAAUAUUUUCGGUUUAUCCAACCUUUUCAAACGUACAAGUAAAAAUCAAGGUCGUUCAACAAAUUCUUCUCAGCCAGCACCACUCUUAGCUCCCGAUGAUCUUUUUCAUCCUCUUUCAUCUUCUCCUGUUCCUGCCAUGAGACAGAAGGCAGAAAGAAUUAAAGCUUCAGCUUGGUGUCCGAUUCGACCAGAUCUACAUGUUGCAUACGAUUGCCCUGAGUCAGGCUAUCCUACUCAUUCAAGUCGAGAAGCAUGGGAAUCAGAUCCAGAGAAAGCCAAGUACUGGCCUCGUCUACGGGAAUCAAACGAGGACGAACAUGAUCUGAGAUCGGGAAGGCCUAUGAAUGAAUUUGAUCUUCCAGGUUGUCAACCUUACGAGGAGGCGAUCACCCUCUCAAACUGGGAUUUGUUUCUUUACACCAGAGGAUUUCGUUCAAUUGAUGAAGAUCGAUCAAGACGUCAUAUUUCAAAACUACUCACCUAUCCGAUCAGCAUUGGAGCAGUUUUACACGAGUUCAGUCCUUAUUCAACUCGGAAUAUGAGGUUGACCACCGAAGGUUAUAGGUCAUUGACCGCUUUGCGGCAGUCGUUGCAUCCACCUUUAGGAGUCAACACAGCUCAAGUUUUAGGCCGAACCCUCAAUCCGAUCCGUAUCUUCGUCCUUGGUGCUCGUGCCGAAUCCUCUUUACCUCCAGCUGUAUGGGCACAACUACCAUUCCUGUUUCCUUCUCCCGACGUCUCUUUUCAGAUUUUCUUCAUCGGCCCCGAGGUUCUUCUCCCACAGCAACAGAUCUCACCACCUGGAGUUCAACCUGAACAAACUCCAACAUCUAGAGGAUUUAAGCAAGAGAAAUUCGGUGUCCCCGCUUUCACUCUACCUGUAUCACCUACUCUAACAUUACAUUCACUUCAGGCAGCUUAUAGAGAAGUUCACGACGUUCUGGGUCCCUUUGACCCUUACAAUGAUGUCUUCUUCGCUUUCUCUCCUGGGUUUGGUUUCCCAACCGUUCCAGUCACAUCUGAUGGUCCUACUGCACCAGGAUCUGUGCUAAGGACGGAUACCGUUCAACUCGAGACAAAUUGGCACGAGGAUGUGAAGAUGAUCUUGGAUACCAAGUGUGCCUUGUUCGCAGGUGGUUUCAGUCCAGCUGACGUUGAGAGGGAUGUAGAAGCAAUUGAGAAAGUAGAGGGGAUCAAAGAUCAAUUCGAAUGGUUACUUCAUCCUGGGGAGAAUGUAUUUGCAAGUCAAAGAUGGGAAGUGGCAGAAUUUGAUCCGAGAGUUGCUGUUAAGUCUAAUUAUGCGAUCUGGGGAAUUCGAGGGAAACGCUAUGAUCUGGAUGAAUUUCACGAGCGUGAAAAACUGAGACAACUAACUUGAUAGCUAUAUACAUCAAGUUGAUAUCCUAUUCAUAUCAAACAUUAAAUGGGACAGAUAGAGACAGGUUAUCAUAAUCGUCUAACCAAUUACAAUGAAAAAGAAAAAAACUUCUCAGGCUCU